AUGGUAAUUCUGUAUCCGAUGAUUUCAGAGGAGGAGAUUGCAGCCGCUUGCCCAGUCUGUCGUGGGAAUUGCAACUGCAAUGAAUGCUUGCUUAGAGCAGUGACUGUCAAGAAACCGCAAAGGGAAGUAAGUAGAGAGGAGAAAAUCAUACAUGCCCAUUAUAUGCUACGCUUCCUUCUCCCUUUUCUAAAACAGAUUCAUCAAGAACAAAUUAUGGAAAUGGAGUUGGAGGCUAAGAUUCGAGGAUUGUCAUCACCAACCGAAAUGGAAUUACAACAGGCGAUCUCUUUCGAUGAUGAGCGUGUGUACUGUAACAACUGCAAGACGUCCAUUGCCGAUUUGCAUAGAAGCUGUCCGAAAUGCUCCUAUGAACUAUGCCUUAGCUGCUGCCAGGAGAUCCGCGAAGGCUGUUUAAGGGGAGGUGGUGAGGAAAUCACUUGGCAUUUUCCCGACAGAGGGAUAGAUUAUGUGCACGGCGGAGAUCCCCUUCCGAAGUCUAUGAUAGAAGUGGGACUCCCAGAUAGCUCUUCAGGUCAUCACGAGCCAUCGAUUGAAUGGAAGGCCGACCACAAUGGCAGCGUCCGUUGCCCCCCAAAGGAGAUGGGUGGCUGCAGAGACUCCCUUUUGGAGUUGAAGCACAUUCUUCCUAGAAACUGGAUUUCUGAUAUGGAAAAAAAGGCAAAGGAAGUAGCAGCCCAAAGCUGUGAAUUUAUAGGAGUUGCUGAUACUUCGCUCUGCAGUUGCCAUAGUAGCAGGAGUAAUAAGGAUUUGCGGAAAGCAGCUGCGAGGGAAGGUUCAGAUGACAACUAUGUGUAUUGUCCGACUUCAGGCGACAUUAAAGAUGAAGGUCUAGAGCACUUUCAAAGCCAUUGGAUUAAAGGCGAGCCAGUAAUUGUUCGCAAUGAGGUUGAACUUGCCAGUGGCUUGAGCUGGGAGCCGAUGGUCAUGUGGCGUGCAUUGAGUGGUAAGAUGAAUUCGAAGAAAAUUAACAAGGAGCUCGAAGUGAAGGCCAUUGACUGCUUGGUUUGGUGUGAGGUAGAAAUUAAUAAUCACAAAUUUUUCAAGGGAUAUACGGAAGGGCGAAUGCAUAGAAAUCUAUGGCCAGAGAUGCUCAAACUGAAAGACUGGCCCCCUUCUAAUCUCUUUGAAGAGAGGUUACCACGCCACGGAGAUGAAUUCAUCAGCUCGUUGCCAUUUCAGGAAUAUACACAUCCUAAGUUUGGUCUUCUUAAUCUUGCCACAAAGAUGCCAGAGGGAAUCCUGAAGCCGGACAUGGGGCCAAAAUCAUAUAUUGCUUAUGGCAUUCCUGAAGAGCUCGGCCGCGGGGAUUCUGUAACUAAGCUUCAUUGCGAUAUGUCAGAUGCAGUGAAUGUUUUGACACAUACUGCAGAAGUGAACCUUUCCAACCGACAGCAUUCCGCCAUAAAAAUGCUGAAGAGGAGGCAUAAAGAUCAAGAUGAAAGAGAACAUAUCCAUACACAUGAAACAGAUGAGGAGAAGAACAAUGAUUCUGCUUGUUUUCCACCAGAAGAAGGAAUUGAAGAAAGAGGGGGUGCUCUGUGGGACAUUUUCCGAAGACAAGAUGUACCAAAGCUACGAGCUUACCUUAGAAAACACUCAAAAGAAUUUAGGCACAUUCAUUGUUCUCCAGUUGAGAAGGUUGUUCAUCCCAUUCAUGACCAGACUUUCUAUUUAACUUUGGAGCAUAAAAGGAAGCUCAAGGAGGAAUUCGGAAUUGAAGCUUGGACAUUCGAACAAAGACUGGGAGAGGCGGUAUUUAUUCCUGCUGGAUGCCCCCAUCAAGUGAGAAAUCUAAAGUCAUGUACGAAGGUUGCUCUCGACUUUGUUUCACCUGAAAACCUCCACGAGUGCAUCCGUUUAACCGAGGAACUCCGGCUACUUCCUAGGAAUCACAAGGCCAACGAAGACAAAUUAGAGGUAAAGAAAAUGACCCUUCAUGCCGUAAAUCAAGUGGUGAAAGAUUUGCAGGAGUUAGUGCCUACACACGAAAUUGAGUGAUUGUUUGUGACCAUAGAAUAAAAGGUAUUGUUUCAUAAAUAUGUUGUUAAUUUAUAUUAAUGCAAGUAUUGUAGUGGACUUCACAUUCCUAUACCUCAAGUUUAUGUGAUGCAGUUGCAAGCAGUCUUUCUAAUUGAUUUGUAAAUGUUGUUUUAGCUUCUUUGAGAUUGCGAUUAAGGAAAUGGGAGAAAUAUUUAGUAGCCAUUGCAGCCUGCAACUGACUUCAUCAAUGGUUCUCUUUCAAGCUCUAUGCAUGAUGGAGAAAAGAUAGAUUGAUCAUACAGCUCUAUAGAUAACAUAUGAAUGUAAUAUGUUCAACGGAUGAGAUGGAAGAUUGUGUUUGUGUUUAUGCAAGUAAUGAAUGUUGUAUAUAUAAUUACUAGGGGAAGUAGCACGUGCAACGGACAUUAAGAGAGGAAUGGAAAGAGAAAAGAGGGAGAGAAAAUGGGAGGAGAGGAUGUGGCUACAAGAUCUUCAAUGUUGGAUGAUCCAUCCACUCUUC